GACGCACGCGUCGCGCAUUCACGCUCGACCACCACCAGCACCACUGUAGUCGACUCUGCAUGCCCUCUGCAUCUUUCUGUGAUCUUGGCCUCAGCGCGACCCCGUGGAAUCGGAUCUGAUCGCAUUGGAUCGGGCCAGCAUUCUUCGAAAACCAAACUCGGAGCAUCGUCAGCUUGCCGUGGGAGAUUCUUUUUGGAGAAUCCGUGGCUCGCUGCUGCUGCACUCGCCGCUCCGCAUCUGUCGCCACCCCCGGGCCCUGAAUCCUCGCCCCGCACGGAUUUUCUGCCGCCAUGGGCUCGGAGCACGUCAGCGCUCUGGACCGUGCGCUGGAGGUCCAGAAGCUCCUCAACUGCGACGGCGUGGAGCAGGAGGACUGCAGCCUGUAUCCCUUCAUGGAGCCCAACGACACCAUCGACACGUGGAAGCGGUUCGAGCUGCUGCCCACGCCGCCGCUCUCGCCGGGCUGCACCGACUUUGAGCACGAGCUCGGCUUCCUGUCCACGGACGGCUGGGACCCGGGCUCCGACCUGCUGCCCGGCUCCGACACGCUGGAGCUCGUCUCCGAGUUCCUGAGGGAGCAGGAGGAGCAGGAGAGCGCCGAGGACUUCAUCAACGACCUGCUCGCGGAAGGGUCCACCGUGGUGCCGGGCCUGCGGCAGGACUGCAUGUGGAGCGCGUUCGACGCCAGGGAGCAGGUGGAGAGGGCGGCGGCCGCGGCCGUCGAACAGCGGCGGCGGUCGGAGGCGACGCGGCCUCCCGGCCCGAUGCGCGAGGAGCCCGCCGUCCCGCCGCCCGACGCCGGCCUGGCCGCGCCGGCGACUCCGGCCACGCCGACGACGCCGAGCGGCUCCGAGCCGUGCUUCCCCGAGCCGCUGAGCCCCCGCGUGAUAGAGCCGUCGACGCCGUCGAGGUUCAGCCCCUGCCCAAGCCAGACGGAGACGGAACCUCCCACGGACUCGGGACAGGCCGCUUUACCGCCACGCAUGAUCGCGCGCCGGCCUCAACCUCCCUCUCUCCGUGGCGCAGAGGAAGAGAUCGACGUGGUGACGGUCGACAAGAAGCAGCCCGCGCCGUCGAGACGGCGCGCGCCGUGCGGCGUCGCCGUCAACACCAACACGGCCGGCACGCGGCCGCCCCGCCGCGAGCCGUGGGGCGCCGUGCGGCACGGCUGCCACAUCCCCAUCCACCAGCAGCACAACUACGCCGCGCCCAGCCCGCCGAGCCCUCCGCCGGUCAAGCGACCCCGCUGGGGGGCCUCGGCGACGGCCGCCGCGUCGCGGUUCGUGGCGAAGCCCCGGCCGUCGGCGGAGCGGUGGGGCAGCCGAGGGCCGAGCAGCGCCAGCAGCAGCAGCAGCAGCGGCGGCUCCGACACGGAGGAGAGCGAGCGGCGGCGCACGCACAACAUCCUGGAGCGGCAGCGGCGCGACGGCCUGCGCUCGAGCUUCGUCACGCUGCGGGACUCCGUGCCCGAGCUGCGCGCCAACGAGCGCGCCGCCAAGGUGCUCAUCCUGCGCAAGGCGGCCGAGCUGGCGCGCUCGCUCGGCACGGACGAGCGGCGGCUGGAGGUGGAGAAGUGCCGGCAGGAGGCGAGGCGGAGGCACCUGCUCUCUACGCUCGACAAGUUGAAGAAGCUCUCCUCGUGAUCGUGGCGCACGGACGGUCGGACAGAUGAAUGGGAUGAACUCUGCAAAAAAAUCCUCAAUUCUGCGACGCCUUGAGGCGCGCGUGCAUUUUAAUUUACUUGACCUAAGGUGACUAUUUGCAGGGUGUGUGUACCGCUGUGAGUUUCAAUGAGGCCGAGUUUAUUUUUUUAUAAUGUAUCCUGCACUUUCUGUUGGAAGCUGCUGCUGCACACUGAUUUCAUGCAGGAUACAUUUUCGUCGGCAGCCGUCGAGGUUGCCUGACAUUACAUUUUUCACCGGUCAAGAGAAGAGGGCGCCCACCCAGUCGGGCAUGCGCACACUGCUACGGCGCCGUCGUAACCCCGGCAGGCUGCCCUGCGCACGCUGAGCGCCGUGCCCUCACCUCCGGCAAACCAAAUCCGGUACAGAUGCCCUGCUCGCCGUUGUUUUUUUACCUCUGCACAACUGUCACUUUACACUUAUUUUUUUAAAAUAAACGACAAUCAUCGGUUUCCUCCUCACUACCCCGCGGCGCAGCCAGCGCAGUGGACCAUCAGGGACUGUUACUGCCUCGACCCGGCCGGGCCGCCAACCCCGGACGGGAAAAUCAACCCACAAUUUUACAUUUCCGGUUGCUUUUUUUUCACACAUUGUUAGGGGUAUUUAAAAAUGCUUUGUAUAUUUAAAACAAUGUACCAAAUGUUGUAUGCUCCCUGUAUACUUCAUUUGUUUUUAUAUAUAAGAAAAACCUGAGAAAUGUACCAUUUUUAUAGUUCACAAGUUAAGAAAGAUUUUUUUUCUUUAGAAAACAGCUUUUUUUUUUAAAUGACGGGCUGCAGUUUUUGAUGAAUGAACCCCACCCCCCCCCCCCCCCCCCCGAAGUGAGGUAUGUGGCGUCGCAUUGGGCCUGUCUCGUGUGUGCCAUGUACACAGCGUAUCAAUCGCCACUGCCACACGGACACUGCCAUGUACAUUUUACAGUGGAACACAACAAUAAUACAUUUGCUCAAAUCCAAAGGCAACCCGAGAGGAGACGAGCGAUGCUCAAAUCCACUAAACACCACCGUGCUGCUUUGACCCCCCCCCCCCCCCCCAUGACCCCCGAGAGGCUGGGCUAAAUAGGGGCAAUCGGCCCCGAAGCCUCGCGCACAAGGGGGCCUCGCAACGCGGUGUCCUACCCCAGGUUUAUGGGAACCCCUGGGCGGCCUUGCUUCGAUCGCCAGCUGCUGUGGCAACCGCACAUUGCUUUCUCAUGAGAUCAGCUGCUGCUCCUCCCUUUGAGGUGGCCUGUGCACGCCGUGGUGGAACGAGAGGGCGCAGAGAGAGAGAGAGCCGAGGGAGCUCGUUGAUGGCUUGUUGGCACCUUGACCCAACUGCAGGGGAACACUAACUGCUUGUGUGAAGGUCACUCGUCCGCAAAACAAAAGUGAGCUGAAUAAUCGGCGGGCGCGUUGUUAAGACGCGUGGCUUCGUGCGAAUACUCAGGGCCAAUACUAUAGAUGCAAGGGCUUAUUUUAAGAACAUAUUAUUUUAUUAAGAACGUAUUAUGUUUGCAGUUUUAUUUGAAUAAACAUUCAAAUCGUCGUUAGAUGAAUUUGAGCAAACGCACAGUUUUAGCUGUCUGUUCAUUCACAAUUUGCUUCAAUAAUAAAAGUAUUUUUUCUUGUGGCGUGA